AUUUCAACUUUGCUAUAAAGAUGGAAAACUUCAGUGAAGUAUGCACUAGUGCUUUCUUUUCCACAUCCAUGGAAGAUACUAUGGAACUGUUCAACAGUGAAUUAGAUCAGGAAUUGUAUAAAGUUUGUGAAGAACUGGAGAACCGUGAGCUGUUCGAUUCAUCAUAUGAUGAUGAGUUGUAUAAUCAAUGUUCAAUGGUUGAAACACAGUUUAAUCAACCACUACAACUUGGAAGAGGGAUGAAGCGAACGAGCAGCGAAGAACCCAAGAUCAUCAAAAAACCAAGAACGGAAGAAGAAGCGUCUACCUCUGCAGGAACCAGUAUCGGUAACGACGAUCAAGUGGAAUGUCCAACUUGUCAUAUGUUUAUCAAGAAAAGCUUGGAGGGCUAG